AUGUUCCUUGAGCUGUCCUUCGACUCACGGACGGGGGACAAGGAGGUGUCUACCUCGAAAGCUUGGAGAUACGACAACGACGACCAGCAAGAAAUGUCCCUCGACGAACUCAUCUCGGACUUCCGUCAGAGUGCCACGAGUCGUCGAUCCAAGCUGGAUGAGAGCGUAUCUCACUCGCAAGCUUCACCGCUGCAAGUGGCGUCGCCUCCGAAGCACUCGAAAGCGAAAGAGAGUGGCAAGAAGAACCGGAGUUUCGCCGAUCGUGCGCGUGUCGCUCAACGAGAUGCUGUGGCGAGAAGGUCAGUCGGGAGAACUGCUCACAAAGACGCUCGGGGUGACGACUCCAGUGACGAUGACGGUGCAGUUAUGCCAAUGCCGCGUCUGGAACAGGUUCUCAGGAACAAGCCGUCCCUCUUACCAAAGCGCCGUGUUCCUCCUGUCGCGGCAUCUGCUCGCUUGAAGACAGCAUCAAGACAAUCGCGCAAGCCCCCACCUCCAUCACCUGUAUUGUCAUCACCGUCGUUGUCUCCUGCAUCGCUGUCUCCAGUUACUAGUUCAUCUGCCGCAUCAUCUUUAUCCAUGCCAGAUGCGACCCUCACUCCUGACGAAGACUCCAUCGAUGCCUUGAUCGGGAAAGACAUUCGCGAGCUCAACAAGCUGAUCGCAGCAAGCAGUCGCGGCAGUCAGAAAGGUACCCGCGCAGCAAAGUCGCCAUCCUCGGACGAGAUCACGCAGGUACUUCGUCAAAAUACACGGUUUGGGACGAAGGGGGCUAAGAGCUUGCGUCCACGACUACAACUUCAGAUGACUAGAGAUAGUAAAUCGAGAUCAGCGGUACCCGAGUCGCCUCCCCCGCCACCACCUCCAGAUGAUGAAAGUGACGAAGACGAAGAGGACUCGUUCGCGGAAGAGAUCCGGAAGUUGCGAGAGAGCCGUCGACUCAAUUCGUUGCCGGUCAAGGCACCUGAAAAGGAGGAGCAAAAGGACGAGGUGGAACCGACAAGCUCCGAGAUUUGUGCCACAGCGGCGUUGAAGGUCCGCAAUGCUUCGAACGCCAUCAACGGUUUAUUGCUUGAGGCCCUGAAGCCCUUCGAGGACAGAAAGCGCGAAGAGGAUGAGUCUCAGGCGCUUGAAGAGAAGAACGCUGGAGGGGAUUCAGCGAUUCGGAAAGCUGCUCAGGCAGAGCUACAGACUGCAACUCAGACAAUCGUGUCUCAAUUGGAUCUCACGUUUGCGGAUAUGGCUGAGCGUCGAAAGGCUGACUUGAAGGCCGAAGCGGAUGCCGCUGCGGCCGCGAAAGAUGCUGAAAAGAAGGAGAAAGAGGCUGUCGAGGAGAAGAAGAAGGCGGACGAGAAAGAAGCCAAACAGCGCGAAAUGGAGAUACUACGGCUGAUCCCCAUGCAAGGCAAGCUUCUCACAUGCUCUGCCGAUAUAGAAAAUGUGUUGGUGCAACUCGAGACCAUGGACGCGUCGACUGUAAAUGAACCGGCAGGCGGCGCAUUGUCAAUGGAGGACGAGUUAAAGACAUUGAGAAACCACACUCAGCGUAAAAUUGAAGCGAUCGAGGCACGAAUGGCAGGAUCAACUUCAACCAAAGCACAGGAUGACCGGAGUAGCGGGAUUUCGCGGCGAACCGUCGACUGGGUGCAAGACAACUUUCAAAUGAGCCAGACGAUCCCAGCGAGCAGAGGCGACAACCAACAGAUUAAAACCACAGUGAGUUCUGAUGUUUAUACUACAACCACAGAGGAAGAAGGGCCUCUUCAAGAGGUUCUCCAGCGGCAUGUGCUAGAGAAGCUCGACCUCACGAUGCUGAAGCUCAAACACGUGCUUGCCAUUGAUGCAAAAGUAUCUGCCGAGAUACAGGCAAAGCAGAAGCGUGAGGAGGAAGAGCGGGCGAAACAAUUAGCACAACAGCAGCUUGAAGACGAGCGGAAGCAACAAGAGCUGGAAGACGCCGAGAAUGCGAGGCGCCGUGUCAUGGGACUCACGUCGCUGGACGAUGUCGAAGGUUGGGUCGAGGAAGGACGCCAACUUCAUGAUAAAUUUGACCAUGAUCGUACUCUGAAUCGGUUGCUAGACUCGUUGGAGAACCACAUGAACGCACAGAACACUGAGGACUCCUCAUCGUUCAUGAGAACGAUGCACCGUAAUCAAGAGGAGGCCCUGCGUCAGUUCGAUUAUCUAACAAGUGUGAUGCCAGCUCAAAACCUGGCGGGAAGUUUUAACCCAAACGAAAUGGGCACGCAAAGAAACGAUCGCCGCUACCGUCUCCUUUGGCUUACACUCGAAGAGCCCCAUCCAUUCGUGGGGAGCACCUGUUACAACAUGAUGCGAGCAACAGCAGUGAAUACGAAGGUCAACGUGGGAAAUGGCGCUCUUCGCCGCGGGGGAAGAAACAUAAUCGUAGGCAUGGAACCGGUCGACACCAAGUCGAUAUCGGGCGCACGAUUCGAGCGCUACAGGCGGAUCGUCGACAGAAAACGGCAUGGAUUCAAAGUCACCGCAGACUGCCGCCCUCCAGAAGCCCUCGCUACAACUCAGCUCUUUUGUAAUGUAGGCCAGUUCCGUUAA